CAGGAGCAAUCUGAGCUAUGAAGGGGGAGAGGAAAAGUUGGCGCACCACACUGUGGAUAUCACGUGAAGCCUCCAGAAAUAUCCUGCACAGCUAGAGCAGAAGCCCAGGCUCAGAGCCCUCCACUGACAGAGGAGUGGAGAAGUCUUAGUGGGGGAAAGAGAGACAACCAGAGAGGAAAAAAACGUGUACAACUUUUUUUGCCUUUGGAGAACAGUAAGAGCUUGGGAGAAAGAUCCAACAUUGCAGUUGCCAGCAUGACCAUGCCUGGCUCCACUACGGGCCCCACCCUGGGGUUUGAUGACUACACUCUCUACAGCAACCUGUCAGAUGACGAGCUGAUGCAGCUGGCUAUCGAACGCAGCCUUAGUGAUCCCCACAAUGCCACUUCACUGGGUGAAGCCGGCAAGACCUCCACAGCUCUAGGCAGAAGAACAGUCCAGUGCAGGGUAAAUCCACCCGCAACUAGGCCGAACCCAUCAAAUCCACCAAGGGAGGACCCAAGCCAUAGGCCGCCUACUGCCAACCCACCUGACGCCAGGAGAAGGAAAUGUGAAGAAAGAAGGAAAUGUGAAGACAUUGUGGUGACUCAUUUUGUCACUGGCAAUGGAAAGUGCAUGCUGGCAUAUCACAGAGGCGAUGGCUCGAUUCAGUACGUGCCGGAGACAGAGGAGGAACAGGACCCUAUUGUGAAAGCCAUCCUGAAUGGUGAUGUGACUACGGUACGAGCUAUGGCAAGAAACAGGGGGAAUAACAUACUGCAGCCUGACAAGUAUGGAUGGAUCCCGUUGCACGAGGCUGCAUAUUAUGGCCAAGACCAGUGUGUCAGAAUUCUUCUUGGCGCUCAACCUGGUGUGAUUAACAAGUGCGACCUGAAAGGCCGGACCGCUCUCAUCUUGGCGGUGGAAAGGGAAAAGGUGGCCUGUGUAGAGGCACUACUGGAGAAGGGGGCUGACCCAGACCUUGCCAACAAGGACAGAGAGAGCCCCCUAUACAAAGCUUGUGAAAUGGACAAUGCCGAGAUUGUGGCCAUGCUUCUUAAUCAUGGUGCUGUGGUGAACAAAUACUCCAUCCAUGGCUGGACAGCUCUCCUAGAGGCUGUGAGCCGCAACAAUGUGGAGAUCUGUGAGAUGUUGGUCCAGAACGGGGCUAAUCUCAGCCCAACCAACAUGUACGGUUUCACACCCCUGUCUACUGCAGCCCAGAGCGGACAUGUGGAAACACUUCGAUUUCUUAUUAAACACGGUGCUGAUAUCAACAGAGAGGCAAGCGAUGGGUCCACAGCUCUGUAUGAGGCGGCAAAGAAUGGCCAUGAGGACAUUGUGGAGAUUCUUCUUUCUCAGAAAGCUGAUGCCAACAAAGCGGGCAAGAAAGGACUUCUGCCACUACAUAUCGCUGCCCAACAAGGAAAUGAUGGUAUCGUGUCGUUGCUGAUCAAAGCCACCAGGAAGUCCAGUGUGAAACGCAGUGGCGUCAGUCCCCUCCACCUGGCCGCCGAGUUCAACUGGGACAAUGUCCUGGAGGUCCUGAUCGAGGCCGGCUACGACGUCAAUGCCAUGCUGUCGGAGGACCGAUCCAUGAUGUACGAGGACCAUCGUAGCACAACGCUCUACUUCGCCGUCGCCAACGGCAACGUGGACGCGACCACCAUGCUUCUAGAAGCUGGCGCCAACCCAAACCUGGACACCUUCAACCCGCUACUGGUGGCCGUGAGGCAAGGUAGUAUCGAAUUGGUAACUUUGCUGGUGGAGCACAUGGCCAACGUCAAUGCCUACGUCCCCACUCACCCCACCUCAUUCCCGGCCACCGUCAUGUUCAGUAUGAAGUAUCUGUCCAUGCUGAAGUAUCUGAUGGACAACGGCUGCGAUGCCCUCUCCUGUUUUAGUUGCACUUACAGCAGUGGUACACACCCACCCCUUCAGGAGACCUCUGAGAGAGAUGACUUGCGGUACAAUACCGAUACACACAGAAAUACUGGGGAACCUGUUCAGUUUUGUGAGAUAAUCUCUACUCGGGCAAUAAGCCGCUGGGCAGGACCCAUCAUAGACGUACUCCUGGAUUAUGUUGGGCAGGUGAAACUCUGCUCCAGACUUACUGAACACCUAGAUAGCUUCAAGGACUGGGAAGUCAUCAAGGAAAAAGCAACGCCACCACGUCGACUGAUGCAGCUGUGCAGGCUGAAGAUCCGCCAGCAAGUUGGAAUCCACAGACUGAGGUGCAUCAACAAACUGCCCCUCCCACCACGACUGAUCAAGUACCUCAACCAUGAAGCGCGCAACCAAGAAGAGUUUUGUGAAUACUAAUGUGUAAAAUCAUAGUCAAAGUAAGAGACGACAGAGGGAAUAUAGCACAAAAUCGCUUCACAUAUUCAGUGUUUUUAGUGUGAUAUUUGAGCAAAGCUAGAGUUCACAAUUAAACUUUAAGACCAGACUAAGGUAGACUUAUCAAAGUUGGUAAGUGUAUGUGCUUGCACUUCACUUCAGACAAACUCCUCAUGAGGGUGCCAAAUGACUUCACAGAGGACUGAUCCAUGGAUGAAGUUCUGUUGACACCUCCAUCCCUCUUGCCCUCUGGCAUUGGACUGAACUAAUACUGUACCACAUAACCCAAUCUAGUGCAUUAUUCAUGCAAUGUACUGUCCAUGUUAUGAUGGCUCACAUUUUACCACAUAUAAUAAUCUACAAAGUUAUCUAUUAUCUUGGAUUGUUGUCAAAUUAGACUAUGAUCAUUCAUUGGAUUGUGAAUUAUCACAAACAUCCAUAUGGUAGAGGCAGCUGUUUUAGUCUUGAAACAGGUCUUAGAAGCAAGCUAUUCUGUAUCCAUGACUAAAAACUGCAUUGUUCAGUAUUAUAAACCUAGUAUAUAAUUGCAAAACCUGUCAAGGCAACAUAAGCUACUUACAAACAAUGUUGAUUGACAGAUGAACACACAAGCACAGCCCGCCUUUUCUGUAGAAUUCAUCACUUCUAGCACAGUGGUCCACUCUGUCCAAACUGAGGAACGCCACAGAAGAUUACUUUGUUAGCACCUCAGUCUCUCUUUAAUAGCUCACAGCUAAUUUCAACUGAGUAGCGGCAACUCAAAGGCAUAGAGCAGGUGGAUCUUUUGAGAAGUGUGUCUUACUCUAACCUAAGACAAUAUGCUAUUUUAAAAAAACAUACGCUUUGAUUUAUUGUUUGUAAAUCCUGCUCUAUGAUUUUCCCCAGUGAAUUUUGCAGAUGGUUGUAUUGGCUAGAUUGAGGUGACAUUGCUGUUGUUUGGUGUUACUUGAGUGUAAAAAAUAUCUAUCAAUUCAAAGUUCACAUUUAUAUGUAUGGAUUGUUAUGUGCAAAAUCCUAAUUAUGCUGCACAAAAGGUAAAUGUAGAAAUGACAAUUAUUUUUAUGACAAGUCAUCUUUGAGCUAUAAUACAGCCUUCCUUCAUCUUCAUACCCCAAAUAAUUGUUGUUGUUGUUUGCACUGCACCUCUUUCCCAUUUUCCUAAAAUGAAAAUUCCACCACUUUUCAGCCUCAUAUUUAGCACAGUUUCUACAUUCUGAAGAUUAAAAGAUAAGAAGAACGUGUAAUUUGAUGAAUUGCCCUUUAUUAAGAUAUCAUAGUUAAAACUGUUUUAGAAACCAUAAAAGUAGGCUAUAACACCAUUUUCUGAAGGAGGUCACUCUCAAUAAAAAGGUAUCACACAGUAGGCUUUCAUGGGGUACUAAUACAACCAUGCUCCUCCUUUGAGCAUAGGUAUAAUUCACUAACAACAUCAGCCUUGUCAAGAAUUGGCAUAUCUGUCUAGUACAAUUUCGAAAUGAAAAAUUAUUAUGCACACCCAGAUGGGCAAAAUACGUCGCUGAAUUACAGGUUUCUUUUAUCGCUUUGGUACUAUUUUCACAAGUAUGUGGUACAUUUUCACAAGUAUGUGGUACAUUUUCACAAGUAUGUGGUACAUUUUGACAACUCUUUGUACAAAACCCCAAACUGGUCACACUUGUAACACAGCCGGUCUUUCAUUCAUAACCUGUCAUUGUGCAUUCAUUUGGAUUGUAAACAUCUCUCACCACACAACCAUUGAUUCAAAAUAGAAGUUUAUUCUGAAAUGUAAUGAGAACAUUGGUUUAAUCACCAAAACACAACUUGAUAUCUUUUCAAUUCGUUGUUUUAACUCCCAGUUAAUUCAAUAGCAAACAAUGCAAGAUACGUGUUUCAAAUUGCCUUUAGAAGAGCUGAAAGUAAUAUGCUACAGUAUUGUAAAUUACGGUAGAUUACAUAGUUUUCACAUUAGGCAAUACACUUACAUUACCCAACAAAAUUAAAAGAAAAUCUAUAAUUUCCAUAAUAUCUAUCCAACGUGUAAUUAAAGGUGUGAUCAAUGAAGA